AAUCCGUCCACAUCUAGUGAGGAGCGGGGCCGACAGCAGCUCCACUACUCAGCCGAGAAUCCGACAUUCGAUUCUCUCGGUCACUCGCCCAUAGCUGUUAGCCUAACAGCAAGCACUGUUAGCCGUAGCACACAUCAUCGAACGACCGCUGGGCACAAACUGUUGACCCGUCUAAGUCAGUGCCUUCGAAAAGGAUCCUGCCCCGCGGAGCAUAGUAGCAGUAGGAGCAGUGAGAGUAGCAAGGAGAAAUCCACAACGCAUCAUCAGUCCGAGAAAUCCAUGGCACCGCAUUUUACCGCAAUUUCCUCAUCCUCCUCCACCGCCUCUUCAUCAUCAUCAUCAGCUAAACCUUCCACGGCCACUACCGAAGCCGUGACCAGUUCUCCAAGUGUCAAUGCACUGGAUAAAAGCUCAAAACGGGCAGUAACAGGAACCACUGGUACCUCUGUAUGCCUACGAAAAAAGCGUGAACAGCAACGACACAAGCACUCUCAGUUUACCGCCGCAGUGACCAGCCCCGGAACAACAGGGACCAGUGAAUCGUCAGCAUCAUUUCGAGAAACCGAUCGCGAUUCGAUCAGCUCGGCAAGCUCAUUGGAAAUUCUAGUGCAGUAG